AUGUCCCAGCUCCAGUCUUUCUACCAUCUUUACAUGUUCCGAAUGAUCUCCAGUCGCCCAAUGCUCGCCGCUCGUGCUGCCGGGCGCUCCGUUGGUCCAUCAACCGUCCGAAAUGCAUCCUCAGCAACCUCACCCCUCGCCAAUCUUGCUGCACACAGCCACAGAGUUGUGGUCGUCGGCGCCGGGGCCGCGGGUCUCAGCAUCGGCCACCAACUCCUACGGUCGCGGAAGUUCUCCCAGGACGAGAUCGCCAUAGUCGACCCAGCAGCGUGGCACCACUACCAGCCCGGUUGGACCUUGGUCGGCGGAGGCAUCAAAGCGAAGGAGAAGCUGCGCCGUCCGAUGCGAGACCUGGUAGACUCGCGGUUGAAGUUGUAUCAGCAUAAAGUCGACUUGUUCAAUCCCGAUCACAGCUCAGUCACCCUUGACGAUGGCCGCACGAUCGCAUACGAGCAUCUUGUUGUUGCACCGGGCAUUGAGCUCGACUAUAGCAGUGUCAAGGGUCUGCCGCAGGCUCUGGCGGAUCCGCACUCGCCCGUCUCGUCGAUCUACGGGUACGAGUUCUGUGACAAGGCAUUUGAGACUAUCAAGAAGUUGAAGCGAGGAACUGCCGUUUUUACGCAGCCAACGGGCAUCGUCAAGUGCGCGGGAGCUCCUCAGAAAAUUAUGUGGCUUGCCUUGGAUUAUUGGAGAAGAGCAGGCCGGUAUACCUACAGCCCAAACAAGCAGGAAGGCGAUUCAAUUCAGAUCAAGUUUGCAACCGGGCUCCCCGGCCUCUUCGGCGUGCCCAAGUACAGCGCUGCUUUAGACGUUCUGCGCAGACAGCGAGGCGUGGAGGGCUAUUUCCAGCAUGAUCUGGUUGCAAUUGAGGGUAACCAGGCCGUGUUUGAUGUGACCCUCGCAGAUGGCCAGAAGACCACGACCAAAUUACACUUCGACCUGCUUCACGUCGUCCCUAAAAUGGGUCCGUAUGACUUUAUUCGAAAAAGCCCGAUCGCAGACACGGCUGGAUACGUGGAGGUAGACGCGGCCACGACGCGCCACAAGCGGUACCCCAACAUCUGGUCUGCAGGCGAUGCGUCGAAUCUGCCCACGUCAAAGACAAUCGCGGCGAUUACCUCCCAGGCACCGGUGCUGGUGCGGAACAUGUUGCGCUGUAUAGACGGGAAACAGCCGGAUGCCGUGUAUGACGGGUAUACCUCGUGUCCGCUGGUGACAGAGUACGGCAAAGUACUCCUUGCGGAAUUCAAGUAUGGAGGGCAGCCGAGCGAGACGUUCAACCGGUGGUUUGGGAUAGACCAGGGGGUGCCACGGCGGGCCUUCUACCAUCUGAAGAAGGACUUCUUCCCGUGGGUGUACUACAGUGGCAUGCUCAAGGGCACGUGGCGGGGGCCGAAGGGGUGGAGUCGAUAG